AGUUCAAUAAUACGGUACAACAAUAUCCAAAAUCUAAAGUUUAGAAUAAUAGUUAAUAGGAAACUGGUCACGUGGGUCCUGUGUCACAAGACAAGCAAUAUGGCCGCUAACAUUGUUGUUACCAGCUUGUUGUUUUCGGUGAAAGCCAACAUUUAGUGCUCACAUUUAUUAAUGAAAAACUGCGCGGCGGUGUCGCUUAGCCAUAGCCUUCUUAGUCUGCAUCAGCUGAGAAGACAUCAUGGCGUCUUCGUUCGUUGUCGGGGAGAAAUUCCGGAUUCGGGUGACAGAGUUACUGGAAAGCCCGACCUCAUCCCUGAGUCAAGAACUAAAAGAAGAACUGGUGGCGAUUCUGGAAAAAGCGCAACCAACGACCCUGCCUUUCAGCACAGCAAGGAAGCUGAAGAAACACCUUCAGGACAAAGGCCAUCCUUUCUAUCUGCAUCAGUUACUGGAAGACAGCUCCCUGCACCUGCCUGAGGUCGUGAAGCCUCCCAGAAACCCCGAGUUAGUGGCACGUCUUGAGAAGAUCAAAGCAAAGCUGGCCAACGAGGAAUACAACAGGAUGACGCGUAAUGUCAACACUCAGGAAAUGAACCGAUAUGGAACGCUUGCAGAUUUUGGUCAGCAAGUGCGGUCAGUAAAAGCAGUGGUGGUGACUGUUUUCAACUUCCUGGUGACGUUAGUUGCUGCUUUCGCCUGCUCCUACAUGGGAAGUCAGUAUUUAUUUACUGAGACCGCAGCGAGGGUGAUAUCAGCUGUGAUUGCUGCAUCUGUAGUUGGACUGGCCGAGCUCUACGUCCUGGUCCGGACCAUGGAAGGAGAACUAGGGGAACCGUAGCACCUAUGAAAAUCAUACAGAUGUUUACAUUUUUGUUUUAUUAAUUGAUAUUAUUUAUUUUACAUCAUUUGUUAGACUUUUCUUCACUUUUCAUUGUCCAGACAUGACUGGGGUUUUAUUUCUUGUUAUUUGCAGUUUUCACCCAUUGUCUACUUGUUAUUUUUUUAUUUUAAACUGUAGCCUACUUUUCUUUUCUGCUGAUGUUGCUUUCCUUCAUGUCCGGUAUGAAAUGUAAUGUAAAUGUAAUCAUAUCUAGUAAUUUUUCUAUUCAUUAAGACUCAUUUUGAACUAGUAAAAGUUAAUACUUUCAGCUAAAGUGGUGAGAACACCAAAAGAUAAAAUCUGAUGUCGGAAGUAUUUCUUUUUCUCGUUUUUUAAUGCAGGUCAAUGUGUGUGAGAAUGUGGCUGAAUCCACCAGGAUUGUAAGGCAAACAAAAACAAGCAAUUAAUUAGCUGUGAUAUCAGAUUUUCUUGUCCCAGAGAAAACAUAUCUUAUUUAAAAUCUGGCCCAGGGCUUCAAAUAUCACUUUUUCACUGAUCCCUUCUCCAGAUAUGAAUUCAUGUUUUUGUAAACCACACCACUCUUGUCAGAUCCUGAUAUGUCAUUGGAUGGAUUAAAAGAUGUAACCACAUCUGGAAUACAAAAAAGUAUCCUCCUAAGAUCUGAGAUUUGACACCCGGAUUAAAGGUUUAUUGAAAGAUUAUUUGGUAUUAAAGAUGAUUAUGAUAUGGAGCGAUCCGUGUCCAGAGCUGGAUGCACCGCCCGCACUCCUGUCUGUCAUGUUUGCCUCUGUAUUAUACCUCUCUCAUGUAAUAUUUCAAAACUUAAAUCCAUGGCAAAUUACUCGGUCUGUAAGCUGAUAGACCUUGAGCUUUGGCUUUAAUAUAGUUCUUAUUUUUCUUUUUUUAAUUUCCUGUUGUCCAUCUAAACCCCCUGAUUCUUAGAAUACAGAGAGCUAUGGAAAAUAUUUUGAUUUAGAAAAAUAAUUAUUCCUGUCAUCGUAUCUUACCCCAAGUAAUCAUUUUAAUCGGUAUUAUUUUGGAAGGAUAAUAUUUAUGGGUCACAGCAGUGAAACAUGCCAUGCUUUCAUCUUAGAGCAGGAAAACACAGGCUGACAUCAGGAAGGACAAAAAUACAUAUUUUACAGUAGAAUCCCUGUUGUGGAUGAAGUGAUUCUUUUCUGUGCUAUAUUUACUAAUAAAUUAUCAAAAUCCCCAGA